AUGAUUCCACGACACGCCCAUAAGAGGUCCGUCUCUUCCGAGCACCGCUCCCUAUCCCCCGACAGAACCGUCACCAAAGCCAAGUCUACCACAAACCUUUCCGACGCUGCCUCUUCUGGCUCGAAAAGAUCUUCCAGGUUCGACGAUGCCAAUUUUAGCACCUUGCAGGAUCCGCGAUUGGCGAUCGGAGCGGAGGUUUCACAUUCGACGUCAUCGUCUCACCACCCCGACCUGAGCAACGAGGUUGCAGCAUUGUCUGUGAAAUUGAUUCAGGCUAUCAACAACCAAACAAAUUUGGACGAUAGCCUGGUUGCUACCCGACAAGAGCUGGAGCUUGCACAGGGCAAAAUUCAAGCUCUCGAAUUCCAGAACGAGAAAUAUCGCCGUGACAUCGACACCAAAGUUUACACUAAAAAGGCCGACUCUGAUCGUGAAAUCCUACAAUUACGAAAUGAACUUGUGGAAGAGCAGACACAGCGUGCUGCUGUUGAAAAAGGCAAGAAAACCAUCGAGCAGGAGCUGGAAACCCUGACUGCGGCUCUCUUCGAAGAAGCUAAUAAGAUGGUAGCUGCGGCUAAGAUUGAACGCGAAGCGGUGGAAAAGAAGAACGAGCAAUUGCGUUCUCAAAUCAAAGACACAGAGCUGCUCCUGGCGUCGCACCAAGCCCAGCUCGCUGAGCUCAAGUCCGUGAUGCAAGGGAUGAACAUCUCUAAGGAUGACGUCGAUGCCCGUACUACAACGGCUCCACCAUCCCCUGCUGGCCCCCCGCAAGUGCAAGGUUCCGCAAAGCAAGACUCUGAGCUCGAACCGGCUCCUACAUCGAUCUGCAACAUCGAGGAAUUCACCCCGGGUCCUUCUUGCAACUUCCCGCAGAUGCUCCGCAUGAUAUGCCGGACUGAUCUGCAGGCUUAUGAGGAUUUCCGUGAUCUUCUGGUCCUCUCUCGGAGCUCUAAGCCCCCCAGCCGUGCGGCUAGUGGCUCGUACGGCGGGUUGAACGUAAUGGGAAUGGGUUUGGCAAGCUUCGCAAGUGGGGGGGCUUCAUCAACGACUUCUUCGCCCACCAAAGGAUUUGCCCAUUCGCCUAAUGGGAGCAUGUCCUCAACAACCGGGUCUCAUUUUCCUCUGAAGGAAACGCGCUUCUACAAGCGGGUUCUUAUGGAGGACAUUGAGCCUACCUUGCGGCUAGACUUGGCUCCAGGAAUCUCGUGGCUGACCCGACGCACCGUUCUUAGCGGCAUCUGCGAGGGAAGCCUCGUCGUGGAGCCAAUGCCUCCAGCUUCCAAGAAAUUUGAGUUCCCCUGCUCCGUCUGUGGUGAACGUAGAACCGGCACAGGCAAUGAAAGAACCCACCGUUUCCGCACAUCUGACAGUGAGAACGCUCAAAGAUAUUCACUCUGUCUUCUCUGCUUGGAGCGAGUACGCUCCUGCUGCGAGUUCACUGGUUACCUGCGUCUUAUUCUUGACGGACACCUUCGCGCCGGUGAUACCGAAGAAGAAAAAGAAAUAUGGGAUGAAACCAUUCGCCUAAGGGAGAGGAUGUUCUGGUCUCGCAUUGGAGCUGGCAUCAUUCCUUUGUUCAAGCAGCAAAAUGAGCCUGUCAAAGCAGAGCCUACAGAUCUUAAUAGUAGUAUCAGCGAGGACGAUGACGAGCGAUACCUGGAGCCUGUGGAUGUCACCUAUCUCCAGCCAAAGGCGGCUGAAGUUUCAUUCGACAACCACGACCACAACACAGCUCAAUCAGAUGCCGCUCGACCGCAAAGCUCUAUCUAUGACGGAGAUGAUAUGGCCAUGAGCGAGAAAGACUUGAAGCGAAUCUCUGCCGACUCCGACGUAAGCGUUUACGAAGAAGCCAACGCAGAUGUGACCAUCGACGUGAAGGCACACGACUCCAACGAGCCUUCCACCCCUGCUCAGAACAAAAAUACAGAGGCCUCAGCAGAGUAA